AUGCCUUCAGUCAGAAGAAAAAGAACACUCUCCUCUCGUCCUCCAAUCACACCUCAUACUUCUGGGCGACGACAGGGCCUCAGGGCCCCAUCAAGCCGAGCACCUAGCGUUUCAAGCGGUCUCUACCAGACCCCAAUCAAUCCAUCGGCCAGCCAAUUACGUACUCCACAUGCAACAGAUGCCAAUCUUGAAACUGAUAGGUUUGCAAGAGUUACUGAUGAUGAUUUCGAUGAUCAUGUCAUCGCAGCCAUUGACACAAAGGACUACGCAACGAUAAAACCAACGGUGGUUUUGACGCCCCCUCGUGUGGAUCUUGACUUGCACAAUCGAGAUUCAAACCUUGCGCAAGAAUAUGGUAAUGGUUUCUCCACCACCAAUUUCUCCAAUGGAAGUUAUACUGACAAUGUGCGUCAACAUGUAGUUUCUUCUGCCUAUCUUCCUUACCAGAUAGACGUUCGUCCAACGCCAGAGUUCAGCUACGCAAAUGCAGGAAGUAAGCUCCUUGCCCUAGAAAUUUCAUCCACCCACGAAGAACGCAUCCGGUUCUUCGUACCUCGAAAUGGGCUUUCCGGCCCUGAAGAGGUGAAUCCAGAAGAAAUGGGAUUUACGCUCCAAGAAGGAAGACUCUUGCACAUUUCCAGCUCCAUUGACACGGAGAACCCCGUGACUAUUGGGUGCGCAGGAGCCAUUCUCACCUACCUGCAGCGGCGAAGAGCUGUGGCACCGACGCCUUUAGGAGAGAUGAGCGAGUAUCGAGUUCAAGCGUUGCAGAUGUUCAAUUUGCGAGACACGAUGCGGAUCAGCAGCAACACAUUUACCGCUCUUCAAAUCAUUCAAUCAGAGUCACACCCAAACAUGUUUAACCAAGGCCCAGGCAAGAAAUCAGCAUCGGGCAAAGAGGGUCUUUCGGUAUACGGCCUUUUCCAGCAUUUUGCAUACACUCCCCAAGGCAGAGCAAAACUCAAGCAAAGCUUCUUUCGCCCGAGCGUGGACCUAGUCACCAUUUGCGAGCGCCAUGAUUUCAUCGGUGUCUUUUCCAGACCAGACAAUCUUGCUGCAUUGGAUAAGAUGACCAAGGCUUUGAAGCAUAUCAAGAAUCUAAGACCUGUGUUGGUCAAUCUUCGCAAAGGAAUUAGCACUGGCAGUGCUAAGAUUACAGGCUUCAAAACAACGGUGUGGGCUAGUCUUCUUGCUGUUGACAUCGAUAAUUCCGAAGAGCAAGGAAGAACUGUAGUCAAGCAGGGGAUUGACAGGGAUCUUGACAGAAUCAAAGACAGAUACGACGGUCUCGCCAGUCUUCUCAAACAUGUUGCUCUCGAUAUCGCUGCAACCAUCCCCGAAGCCUUGGAUGUCGAUGUCAAUGUCAUCUACUUCCCCCAGCUCGGAUUUAAUAUCGCCAUUCCACUUAAUGAUAAUGGUGCAGCCACAUAUACGGGCUCAAACAACGAAUGGGAACUGAUGUUCAUCACGGAGAAUCGAGCGUACUUCAAAGAAUUUCGCAUGAGAGAGAUGGACGAGAAAUUAGGUGACAUCUACGGUCUUAUUUGCGGUGAGCUUCCUACGAUACAUUGUGAAAUAGCACAAGUUACUGACAUCCAGCCUUUCAAAGAAAAAGAGAUUGAGAUUGUUUACGAUCUGGCCCAAAAAGUCUUGCGUUAUGAAGAUGUACUCGUGGCAGCCUCCGAUAUUUGUGGAGAUAUCGAUAGGUAA